AGAAAGAAAAGGAGACAGAAGGAGAUGGAGGGUCGUCGUCGUCGUUUUCAGGACUAUCUGCUUCCAAUCUGAAGUGAGGAAACAGGAAAGACAGAUAGAAGAGCUCUGGAAAUCUCCCAGAUCUUCGAUUAAAUACUCUCUGAUCUCAUUUGAAAUCACAGCAGGAGGAAGAAGAAGAAGAAAAAGAGAGAAAUAAAACACAGACGCAACGAUGUUGCCGACAACUUCGAGAGGGCGUUCCUCGUCCUCCACAUCUCGAGCUAAUCCUGUCUUUCCCCAAUACCUCCGUCGAAUUAUCAAGUGGCAACAAAUGGAUAUUGAAUACACUUUCUGGCAAAUGCUUCACCUAUGCACUUCACCAAAAGUUGUCUACCAGCAUACGAAAUAUCACAAACAAACUAAGAAUCAGUGGGCACGUGACGACCCUGCUUUUGUUGUAAUCUGCAGCCUGCUUCUGGUAGUUGCAACUUUGGCAUACUGUGCUGCGUAUGAUCACAGCGCCUCACAUGCUGUUUUUGUAGUUAUUUCAGUUUUGUUUUUCCAAUUUUUAGUUAUCGGGGCAGUUCUGGCUACAUGUUGUUGGUUCCUGACAAAUUCUUAUCUUCGGGAAGAGGCACCAAACAGUCAUGUUGUUGAGCAACGGGUUGAAUGGCUGUAUGCAUUUGACGUGCACUGCAACUCUUUCUUCCCAAUGUUUGUUAUGCUUUAUGUCAUACAUUAUUUUCUGUCACCUCUUUUGGUAGCCCAUGGAUUCAUACCCGUCUUGUUAUCAAACCUGUUUUUCAUGGUGGCAGCUUCGUACUAUCACUAUCUGAACUUUUUAGGUUAUGACGUACUCCCGUUUUUGGAGAGGACCACUUUUUUCCUCUACCCAAUUGGUGUUGUCAUUGUUCUUUCUCCCAUCUUGAUCUUAACUGGCUUCAACCCUUCAAGAUACUUCAUGAACAUGUACUUUAGUCAAACGUUAUGAUUCACCGAUGCUAACAUAUUUCGGAUAGUGUAUAGCAUCAAACGAAUUGGAGGAUUCAUGGUCUUGCACAUAAAUGCGAAAGUGAAGACAAGACGUUACCGGUACGUGAAAAAGUCCUCCGUAGCUUUCCUUCUUACACUCUUUUUUCUACCGCAUAGGGUGGCAGUGAGAGCAGGGUGAGUUUCAGGGUAGAGAAAAAAGAGAUUUAUCAUCGAUCAAGAUUAGCUGAUGAUGGAAACAGAGUGGUUGAAUACAAUGAUUUUGUUAUACAUAUGAUCAACAACUACCUUUUGUUGCUCAUCAAUAUAUGUUGUUUUCUUUUCCGGAAAAUUAUAACCGAGUAGAGAAUCUGAGUCCGAUUAGAGUUUACAUGUAGUGGUUUGAAUGCAGAAUGUAUGUUAGCUGCUUUUUUGGAGUAUAACCUUCUUAUUUGUCUUCUUUUCUGUGAAAUGAAUUAUGGAAUUUGCCUUC